GGCGACAUGUCUUCUGUGCGUGAAGAACAGGAAGUGGACCGACCGGCGGGGGCUUUUUCUGCAGCGCCGCUUGUGACACCUCCAACAGGAAGUGGCGUCUCAAGUGAGAACGACGCCUGGCUGACAAACAACAUUUGGAGAGUCAUCGCUGCUCUCGUGUCGGACUUUCAUCAAUUCUAACCCGGGAGGAAGUGCCUUUGGACAAGGCCGCAGGACGAGGAAGCCAUCAUGAAGACCGACAGCAGCAGACAUCAGGUGACCGAGAGGAAGAGCCGGCUCCGUCUCACCAGGUUUGGCUCCCAUGAAAAUGUCAGCCAGCACAAAAAGACUCCAUCCAGCAGCAUUUCAGCAGAGGCGGCUCUGCAAUGGAGCGAGUCCUUUGAAGAACUGAUGAAGAACUCAGACGGGGUGGAGACCUUCUCUCGCUUCCUCCACACGGAGUUCAGUGAGGAGAACCUGGAGUUCUGGCUGGCGUGUGAAGAGUUCAAGACCCUGCAGUCCGACAAGAAGCUGCCAUCCAAAGCCAAACAUAUCUAUGGCCUUUUCAUCCAGGCGGACGCCCCUAAAGAGGUCAACAUUGACCACAAGACCAAGGUGGCCAUCCAGGAGGAGCUGGCAAAGCCCACCAGGACUUGUUUCCAGGCGGCCCAGCUGAAGGUCUACAGCCUGAUGAAGAAGGACUCCUACCCCAGGUUCCUGCACUCCGACAUGUACUUAGGUCUGGCCAGGAAGAAGGGACCGGGGGCCGUCAUGUUCCGCAGAAGGUCACGCUCCUGCGUCUUCGCCGAGCGAGGAGACGCCGCCGCCGCCGCCACCCAGCCUUCGCCCUGGUAGUCAGCAGGUCUCCUACGGAUCUGGUAAACACCAUCAGAACGGGGGCGCUAAUCACUGAUAUUUUGACCAACUAUGUUAUUAUUAUUAUUAUUAUAAUGUCAGCUUUUUCUCCUUACAUCCCAAUUUCUUACUCUUUUUUUUUUAGUCUUUUUUGCCAUGUAAGAAGAGAAUAAAAAUAUUGAUAAUACAUUAACUGCAUAUGUUGGUGUUUAAAAAUAUGCCUGUACAAAAAUAUAAAUGGUCAGUUACACCUUU